AUGAGCCUCUGCUGGACACAAUACAAGGAGAGGAUGCCUUCACCAGUAACAUGGUCAGGGGAUUUGAGAAUGCCAUGGGACAUAUUGUAGGAGGUACAGCUAACUCUGUGGCUAGGAUUACAGGAACUCUGGGGAACACUCUGGCUUACUUAUCCAUGGAUGAUGAGUUUCAGAAGAGGAGAGUGCGUCGGUUACAGCAGCAGCCCCGGAAUCUCCCACACAGCAUGGCCAUGGCGGGGAAGGGUUUCUUGUCAGGGAUGAAGUUUGGUCUCCUAGGGGUGGUGCUAGAUCCUGUACAUGGUGCUUCAGAGGAGGGUGUUGAGGGGUUCUUUAAGGGGAUCGGUAAGGGGUUGCUGGGACUGGUCACUCAGCCCCUUGGAGGUGUGAUGGACAUGGUCAGUCUGGCCUUCGAUGGUGUCCGCAGGUCUGCUGAGAAUGAUGUAGUAGCCAUAAGAAUGAGAUUACCCAGGUUUAUCAACCCCUAUCAUGGUUUAGAGCCCUACUCGUGGUACAGGGCCCAGGGUAACUUUAUCCUACACAGACUCCGGGAUGAGCAGCGAUCCUCCGGGAUCUUUGUAGACUUCGCUCCUCUGAGUUAUGAUGACAGAGCAGACCUCCUGUUCAUCACAGACAGGACAAUUUUGAGCUUGUCAAAGAAUCGAUUUUCCCCGGGGUAUGACGUGAAGUGGGAAGUAGAGAGGGAGAGGAUUAUGGGAAUUCCAGAGGUGACAGAAAAUAAAAUAGUCCUCACUCUCAAGGACAAGAAGGGUUCCUUAUUCUCUGGGAGUACAAUAGAGAUCUCUAGUCCAAACUCUGAAAUACUGAGGUGGAUCCAGGAUCGUAUGGAGCGUAUUGUCAGACAGCAGAUCUAAGUAGUUGUCAUAAAGUUCUGUGGAUUUAUUUGACAUGAACAAAAGAGAUUGAUGUUUGGCUGUGAUUUUUAGAAACUGUAUAUUGACUGCAAAUUUCAGUAGCAUAAUAGCUGAGUGUUUGUUGUUCUGACAUCUCAUAUUUCAUUUUUCGCCAUAUGUUGAUGAUGGGUUAGCUAUUCUUGUUGUCAUAAGUACACUGUGUAAUAUAAAUAUUAAAACAUGUAUGUUUUAAGGGAAGUCCUCAGUUUAUAAGCAGGGCAUGCUUACAUGUAACACCAUAAAAAUAAAUUGCAUGUAGUCAAUUUAUUGUGAUAUACACUCCAUGUGCAAUACCUUUUAACAGCAUUUUACAGUUGUUUUUGUUUAACUUGUUUACCAUGUAUGUAUGUGUUUAUGACAUUCCAGGAUUACCUGUCCUUUUUGUCUAUUAGAAGUAUUUGUUAAUUGUAUAUUGUGGUAUACACCCUCCCAAAUAUAAGACUUUGAGUAGUAAUGAUCUCGAGGUAGAUUAAUUUAAUUUAUUUCCAAGUUUAUAGUCACAUAAAAUGAACUAGCUAGUUGCAUAGCUAUAAAAUAAAAAUUAACUGAAUUGGAAAGGAGAAUGUUUUGAACUAAAAUGCUAGAUUCUUCUGGGAAGAUAUAAUAACUUUUUUUGAAUUGUAAAGAUCAGGAAUCCAAAUUAAGCUCUUUUUCCAGUAGAAAAUUACAGCAUUGUUCUGAAUAUAGCUACUUGAGAUUAAUGUAUUUCAAUUUAAAACCAAAUACUAGAACUAUACAGUUGAACUUCAUUAAUGCCCCAAACUCUGAUAUCUCGAACAUACCAUUGAUAUUUAGAAGUGAUUAUUAUGAAGUCCAACCCACUUGUUCCUUAAGAAUUUUACCCUCGAAUGCUAGGAUAUCUUGAUUUUUUUUUUCCAAUUGAGUUUUAAAUAAUGAGGUUUGACUACUUGCUCACAUGUAAAACUAUCAAUAGGAGCAAGCGGAACAAAACAUUAUGGCUAAACUUUCUGUGAUAUAUGUAUACAGUGCUGUAUUUAUAGGUUUCACAGAUAAAGGAUUUUUCAUGAUUACCUUAUAUAAAACACAAUCAGGCUGAUAUUUUUUGCAAAAGAUAUUUUUUCUCUUAUUAUAAACAUUUCCAGUUAUUGAACAUAUUAAACUCUAAUUUUAAACAAAAAAGAUGAAAUCAUAUUUUUCAUUCAACAAAAGAUUGUACACACUUUGUUGUAACUCAUUAGUACAUUUAUCUCCAAUACUUGGCAUUCAAAUUAUAUUGCACUUUGUUAUUUUCAUAGACAUACAAGACUACUGUUUUAUACAAAUUGCACUUUGACCUGAACAUUUUGGAAUUGACCUGAUGAAGUAAUUCAGACUUUCCCAUCAUUUAUUACAAUAAACUGGAAUAUGAAUUAAGCAAAUUUGAAGGAUUUGUAGAUUUGCACUUAACUGGUCUAAUACAUGUAGAACCGAUAUUUUGGGUGUUUAAUGAUCAUUAUUAGACAUUUAACAUUUAUAUAUAUGGUUAAGAUUUUUUUCUACUUUGUUUACAAUUAUUUGUUAGCCAGAGAGAAUUAUGUUGUUAUUUACUUAAAUUAUUAUUGCUUUGUUAAUAAAGAAACACGUAUUUA